AUGAUCACAUGGUUCAUCUCACUAUUUCCUAAGGGCUGUUAUCAGUACCCUCACCUUCAUACUACCACUACCAGUAAUUGCAGCCGAAUACACUCUCGACACAAUAACACACGCUCAAUUGCCACUGUAGACCGUAAUAACAAAAUGGCAGAAGCAAAGGUUCUAGACCCUGCGAUCAUCAAGGAUCUCCUGAACCAUAUAUACGAAAAAAGAAAGGCCACAGCGUUCCAGAUUGAGGGGAUCACCAAGGCUGCGUUGGCCCAGAAUGAAAGCACUAAGAUCUACCAGAUCAUCGCCAAGUUGACCGAAUUGUCCAAUAGCGGCUCUGUGUCUGCCAAAAUGGGCGCAGUGACAGCAUUGGGUAGUGUUUCCGUAGCAUUGGGUCUGUUUGCCAUAGCCUACUUCUUGGAAGAUAUCGUGAGACCGAUCUUCGCUACGUUUAGAGAUAGCGAUGCACGGGUGAGAUACUAUGCUUGUGAAUCGCUCUACAAUAUUGCCAAGAUUGCCCGGGGGGAAAUUUUGUUGUAUUUCAACGAGGUGUUUGAUAUCUUGUGUAUCUUAGUAACAGACACAGAGUCGUCAGUCAAAAACGCGGCUGAUAUUUUGGAUAGACUCAUCAAGGAUAUCGUCAGUGCCAAGUCCACAAACUACGUUUCAAUUUUGCAUCAGCAAAACGACGAGGCGCAAGAGGUGGAGUCUAACAUCAUUGCCUCAAAUGGGGAGGCCAUCCAGGUUAAUAAUCCUCAGGACCCCAUGAAGGCGUUUUCGUUGCCGAGAUUUAUUCCUACCCUUUUGGAGCGUAUGUAUACUAUUGAGCCUUUUGCCAAGAAGUUCUUGUUGGGUUGGCUCGAGUUGUUCGAUGAUAUUCCAUCGUCAGAACUCAUCACUUUUUUGCCAAACUUUCUCGAGCCGUUGAUACGUUUCUUGAUGAACAAAUGUCCUUCGGAUGUUCGCAUUGAGACUCAAAAUCUCUUGGCCAUUUUCUUGAAAGAAAUGGAAGCGAGUUACAAGGUGAGAUAUGAGAUGAGAAAGGCACAUAUACUCAAGGAACGCUUGCGUCAAAAGGAAGAAAAUUUGAAGAUCUCCGACGCUUUACCCGAAUCUCUGGCCCUCGCCUCUCCGCACAAUCCUGAGUCUAUGUCAACUGAUGAGCUAGCUAGAAACUUGAGCAAAACAAACCUUGAAGCUAUGGAAUCAUCACUCCAAACAGACGCUGCGUCCAUCAAGUCUGCCUCUACCACAAUAAUUAGAAGAGCGCAAGACAACAAUGAACCUGAGGGGGAACCAGCAGUUGCCAAAAGUGUAGCUUCAAACGAUGUUUCUGAGUUCAUUGCUGGUCAAGACAUUUUCAUCGACUACUCACGCAUCAUUGAUAUAUUACUCUCGUUUCUUCGAACAGUCCCUCCAAGGUCCUCAAAUGAGUAUCUUUUCAACGAUUUAUCCAACGAGAAUCGUGAAAUUUGCCUCGAAAUUCAACUGACAGUUCUCCGUUGGCUACAAGCCAUCAUCCAAAUUAGCCCCACAAGCUUUUCUAAAUUUCUUCCUGAUUGUGUUUCUAUCAUUCUGCGCAACAUAGCACUUACUGAUGAUCUCAACGAUGUGGAAUUGCGGAAUCAAUUCCUCAAUUUCGACCAGUCCCUAAGAACUUAUCUCAACAGAUUGCAUCAAAGCAAUACUGAAGAACUUAAAGGGCCUUCAUCUGAUAUCGAUGAAAUCAGUGAAAGCACGAUUCAAGGACUUAACAAAGAAGCGUAUGAGGAAUUUUUGGAAUUAUACUUGAUCAAAACCUUUCAAGUUGUUCUCAACGAAUGUCUACUGUCUGUCAAUGAACUCGCCCGUUUAACAAGUUUAGAUUGGUUGAUGUUCUUAUACUCAAACUAUCGUUCUAGUUUUUUCACACAAGAGAAAGAUGAGCAGAACAAAGCAACAGUUAAGUUUCAAUUGGAUUUGACAGCUUUGUUACGGUCAUCAGUUGAUGCAAGCAAGGAAGUUGUCUCGAAGGUUUUAACACUCGCAGCACAAAUUUCAGAUGAUAAUCAAGAGUUUUUCAGAGAUUUUAUGGUUAAGUUGAUGAUGUUCUUCGAGACGGACGGUCCUGAAACAAUCAAAGCCCCUGGAUCGUUGAACCAUGGCAUAAACUCAAAUGUGUCUAGUUCGUUGUCGAGGGAAAAAAUGGAAUUCAUAUUGAGACGGCUUUGCGUUACUAUCAGUGCUGAAAAGAUCUUCAAGUCUCUUUCGGAAGUGUUAGUUUUGUUCGAGACAUCCAACGUAGAAUUUCUCGACAGUAUUGUGGUCACACUCAACAACAUCUUAUUGACGAGUCCUGAACUCCAAAGUCUCAGGAAAGACUUGAAAAACUUCGAUGUUUACAAAUCCGAGGAUUGGACUUUGUUCUCGACGCUAUUCCAGUGUUGGUCCUACAACGUUCCUAGUGUACUAUCUUUGUGCCUUCUCACAUCUAAUUACGAAUUGGCCUAUCUAAUUAUCAAGAAUCUCGCGGAGACUGAGGUGAGCUUUCAGUUGCUCACUCAAUUGGAUGUUUUAGUUCAACUUUUAGAAUCUCAUAUCUUUCUCAAGUUGCGUCUCCAACUUUUGGAGCCCGACAAGCAUCCAUUUCUAUACAAAACGUUGUACGGUAUCCUUAUGAUAAUGCCCCAGUCGUCUACAUACUCAGUGCUCAACAAUAGGUUGGCAUCGCUUACUUUGUUUAUCCAGAGCUCAGCGAAUUCGCAGAGUCCACAUUUGGCCAACAAUGCCAAUAAUAUUUCCUCAUCAACAGCAUCUUCUGCUCUGCUUUUGACUAAGCGCAAACGAAUCCAAGAGCUAGCCGACACAUUCGUCAAAGUCAACGAAAGGCAGCAAGAUUCCACUCGAAGCCGCUUGCCAAAAGAAUUCGACUACGGAAGCCGGGGCGCAAGCAUAAGGUUUGGAGCAAGCACGGCUCUUGAGAGUUCUGAGUCAAAACCAUCGAUGCAAGAUUACUUCUCACUGGAUCCAAAGAAUACUAGAGGCUAA